AUGGACUCUUCUCACUACCCUCAUCUCUCUAGCAACCUUAAAUCUCGUGUCUCUCUCCCACAUCCAAGAACUGCAGUCUACGAACUCUCUCGAUCCUUCUUCAGCAUGUCCAAAACGAAAUUCCAGCAAUUGACCAACAAGGCUCUGGCUGCGUUGGCCCUGGAAUGUGGCUUGAAACGCUCAGGAACAAAACCUGAUCUCCAGGCAACUCUCAGGUCAGUCGUAGACUCUCCUCCAGUCACUCCUCCUAAGUCCUUGCGGAUAACAUCCAUCGAUAUGGGUGUCAGAAACCUGUCUGUAUGCCAAGUGACGUUAGGAAGAACUAGAAUCGAGAAGGAGAACGCAGUUACACCUACAUCUACUGUUACACAAGACGCAAAAGUGGAGAAGAAAACAAAAGCUACCAAAACGAAGACAAAAGCCAAGGAUUCUACAAAGGACACUACACCAGAACCCGACAGUGGUGUUAUUUCUCCGACAAUCUUAUCUGCUGAUGUUUCUGUCGCCACUGUUUCCACCUGGAAUACACGUGACAUUUCUGAAUUCUCCACAUCUCCAGGAGCCACGCAAGAAGACAUUCCAUGGGACCUUAGAAACGACUCGUUGCUGGAAGUAGCGUACAAUUUCGUGUCACGUGAGCUUCUGGGCGACAAUGUACGUAAGAAGCCCCAUGUGGUUCUCCUUGAGCGUCAGAGACAUCGUUCCCAGGGCAGUCCUUCUGUUUUGGAGUGGGUGUUCCGUGUCAACAUGUUUGAGAGCAUUCUAGCAGGCACAGUCUACACAUACAAACAGAGGUCACAUGAUAAAAAGGCUGGGACACCCGAGAACAUCGAUUCUGAUUCGCACAAUACAGAUCUGUUUCGUGUGGAUCCACGAAUGGUGGCUGAUUACUUCAUUCGGGGCAAACGAGCCAAGGGCAAGAAGUUCGACAUCAAGGCAGAAAAAAUUGGAGUUGUUGGCCAAUGGCUGGAGGCCGAGUCACAUGAUCUGCCUGAGUUUGAGAAUAUGGUGAAAAUGCAGGCCGUCGCUGAGAAACCCAAACCAAAGAAGAGCACUCGGAAGAAGAAGGAUGAGGAAGCGGAGGUGGUGGAAGAGAUAAAACCACUAGCGGAGGAGGAGGUACCACGAGAAACAACUCCCCCGCAACCUAUGGAACGUAAAUUCAUUCCACGCGAUCUCAAGAGCAUUCCGGGGUUCUCUCCUCUUACGCCUCAACUACAUUCUCUGGCUUCUCAUCUUGAGGUUAUGAGUUCGAUUCUGGCAAAGAAGCGAUACAACAGUGUCAAGUCGAAGAAGGCGGAUGAUGUGGCUGACUCGUUGCUCCAGGCUCUAGCAUGGUACAACUGGCAAUAUAACCGAGAGUACUUGAGAGAGCUGCUUGAGAAUGAGGAUGAUGAGAGAUGGCUUGAAGUGAAUGCCUGGGUUAAGGAAAAUGUUGAGUGA